CUGUUCGCGAACCUGCACCAGUCUGUCCAAGUAUAAAGGCAGAGUGAACGAUCAAGGACGUCAGAAAAGAGAAUUUACAUCCUAAGCACUUAUUUCAUCUAACAUGUCUCCCGUCACAAACGGCCAAGUCAUCUUCAACGAAGCUCCGGCUCCAGGUCCCCUUGUCCCGGGGAAGAGUGGCAUGAUCUACAAGGAGGAUAGCAUCGACAUCGACACUGUUGCUCUUGAUGGCGGCUUCCUAGUAAAGGUCCUCUACCUCUCUAUUGAUCCUGUCAUUCUUGGUCGCCUGGGUGGGCCGCCGGGAUGGGGUUAUGUAGCUGGGAAGCCGAUCCUCAACUAUGGACUCGGCCGUGUAUUGCGCUCUGAACACGCUUCCUUCAAAGCUGGUGACCUCGUUUAUGGCUUGAUGAACUUUGAGGAGUAUACUGUCUAUCCUGUUGCACAAGCUGGGCAAUUCUCCGUGGUCGAUAACAGCAUCCCCCUCGUCGCUUGGCUUGGUCCCGUAGGACUAGCUGGUGAAAGCGCAUAUUACGGGUGGAAGGAACACGUACCUUCAACAGUCAAGGGAAAGGUCUGCUUCGUUAGCUCUGGAGCGGGUGGCGUUGGCUCCAUGGUCAUUCAACUCGCGAAGCGCGAUGGGAUGAAAGUGAUCGCUUCUGCCGGGUCCGAGGAGAAAGUUGCCAUUAUGAAACAGCUUGGCGCUGACGUCGCAUUCAACUACAAGACUACCGCUACCAAGGAUAUCCUGGCAAAGGAGGGACCUAUUGACGUGUAUUGGGACAACGUUGGUGGAGAGACCCUUGAGGCAGCCAUUGACGCUGCUGCGCCGUUUGCGCAUUUCAUCGAAUGUGGCAUGGUCUCUGGCUACGACGGUCAGGCCUAUGGGAUUAAGAACUUAUUCCUCACGAUCCCCAAGUCGAUCCAGAUCCACGGGUUUGUCGUCGUGUACCUCGCCAGCAAAUGGGGCGCCGAGUUCAGGGAGACCAUUCCCAAGUUAAUUGCCAGUGGUGAGAUCAAAUACAACAUAGAAGUCGUCAAGGGCUUGGAGAAGGCAGAGGAGGUAUUCAUUGGCCAAUUGUCGGGCAAGGUCACUGGUAAGCCCGUCAUUCAGGUUGGGGCGGAGUAGAGCUGCCAGAGGGCCAUUAGGACACUUUUGAGCUUGUAAGUCCCCAAGAUUGUUAUUUACUUUAAGCAUGUAUGAAUAUAACGCUGCCAUCCCUC